UGUAACAAAGGGCAAGCUCCUCGCAGCAUCGGGGCACGGAUUUGGGCGCCAGUUCGAUCUAUUUCUUUCCUGGGGACCGAGGCCGGCAGGACUAACAGUAACAAAGGACCUGCACGUCCCAGGGGCCUGUGCUAGCUCUCCCGGCAGCCAGCGCGCUCCGCCUGCGAGGCCCUGUCCCCGGGGCCAGCGCGGAGGGUAAACUCCGGGUCCGGAAGUGGCUUUGCGGUUCCGCCUCUGAAAUCAACCCGCAUUCCACCCCGCAGGCCAGACUUCCGAGCGCGAUGUCGGGGCCGCAGGGGCAGGGAGGCCGCGCCACCCUAGGCCUCGCCCAGGCCCACUUCGAGAAGGGCGAGUACGCGGAGGCCGAGGCGCUGUACUCCGCUUACAUUCGCCAGUGCGCCUGCGCGGCUUCCGCGGGAGCGCCGCCCGGGAGCGAAUGCAGCCCCGAGGAUUUGGCUACUGCGUAUAACAACAGGGGGCAGAUCAAGUACUUCAGGGUUGAUUUCUACGAAGCCAUGGAUGACUACACGGCGGCCAUAGGAGUCCAGCCCGAUUUUGAAGUUCCCUAUUACAACCGAGGGCUGAUUCUGUAUAGGCUGGGAUACUUUGAUGAUGCUUUGGAAGAUUUCAAGAAAGUAUUAGACUUAAAUCCUGGAUUUCAAGAUGCAACUUUGAGCUUAAAGCAGACUAUGCUAGACAAAGAAGAAAAACAAAGAAGAAACUAUUGAAAAAUUUAACUUUGAAAUAUUAAUUCAUGAUCCAUACAGCUGGCGUCUCCCCGUCUCUAGUUUAAAGUAGGUGUUGAGUGAUUUUGAUUUAUAUUUAAGAUAAAGAGAUUCGUACAUGAGCACUAAAAGUUAAAUAGUUGGUUUAAGGUAGUUAAUUUCAGAUUAAGUAUUUAUAUUGAAUAGGUAUGCUUUUUAUACAGUAUAAAUAAGUAAUAACUAUAUAUAUGAUUACAGUAAAAUAUGUAAAGAAAUGUGUGAUAUUUUUAAUAAAAUAAUUUUUUGCUAUAUUUUUAUUCCCAAUUUUUUAUUUAUAAAAUUUACAUCU